CCGACCGACACCCAGUUCGAGAUGCAGUUGAGGGCGGUCGUGAGUUUGUUCACAGUCUUGUGUCUGCUCCGGCUCAGCCGGCAGCAGCCCAUGAAGACCGUGUCCGCAAAGAGAGUGACUGUGGGUAUGAUUGAAGACAUUAAGAAGCAGAUUGACCACAUCAUGGAGGAGGUGAACUUAUUGAAGGAGAAACAGGCCCUGCAUACAGUGUGCUUCCGAGGAAUGAAAGUGGACAAUAAGUGCUACUUGCCAAUGAUUGGAGUGAAGACGUUUCACAUGGCAUCUGAUGACUGCAUCCUACAUGGCGGUACCCUGGGUUGGGCUAAGGAUGAGGAGGAAAAUCAGGCUCUGUUCGAGUAUGCCAGGCAGAAGGUGGGAGAGAACCGCAACAUCUGGAUUGGAGUGAUGGACAUGAUGAUGGAGGGAACCUGGGUGGAUAUGACUGGCACACUGGUCAACUACACCAACUGGGAGACUCUGGCCUCCCAGCAGCCUGACGGUGGCACCAAGGAGAAUUGUGUGGCCCUCUCAGGUCUUGCCAAUGGCAAGUGGCUUGACGAGCCCUGUCACUUGCAAUAUAAUUACUUCUGUCAGUUCAAUAUUCUUUAAGUUUUCCUGGUUAGUCCAGCUUUCUGCCAGAGUUCAGCCUCACUUCGUCUAUGCUGCUGAUGCUUAUUUACUUGGAGAUCCGGCCCUUCGAGCCGUGGCAAAGCCAUUGAUUUAACGUAAUCAUGGGAGAACUUACAGCGACCAGUGAUCCUACUAACGGGUAUGUCUUUGAACUGUGGGAGGAAACUGGACCACGCGGAGGAAACCCAAGCUCUUGUGGGAAGGAACAUACAAACUUGCUUGCAGAGGUUGCCGAAAUUGAAAUCAGAAGUCCGUUGCCCCAAGCUGUAAUAACAUCACACUAAAUGUUAUUCUACUGUGAUUCUUCACAGUAGGUCUCUUGUGAUGAGUGCAGAGCAAGAGGAUUUCAUUGACCUUUGAAUGUAACCCUCCCCCCUUCACCCCGUCUUCCUUCGGUGCUUGUUUAAUUUGCUCAUUUCUCUGGGUGUUGAUGCAGAUGGAUAUGGUGAUCUCAGUGCCAGCGAUGUCUUACACUCGUGAGCAGUCAUUGUGUGGGCAUGAAGCUCUUCCCAGGCUACAGAGCAUCUGCAGCACAGGGAUCAGGACAUGAGCAAAACAAGUGUGUGUACCGGAGCCACCCUUGUGCCUCAUGUGAUUUGGUGCUACACCCAGAGCCCUGAUACUCCCGUCCCUCCUUUGUCCCUUGUGUGCACGAUUGCAAAAGCUGCUUAGCUUCCUGGCUUUGACAGUUUCUUGCUGUGUUCAGUUACUGACUGACUGUGCAACAUGCUCUUAUGUUUCUGGUUUCUCAUCAAAAAUAAAGCUGACUCAU